AUGGCCAGUGCAAUAUCAUUUAUAACAAGUAAUAAAGGUAAACCGUUAUUGGUUCAUGAUAAUUACAUUUAUUAUGCCAGUAAAACAACAGCUACAGUUAAAUACUGGAAAUGUGAAGAUCGUAGCUGCAAUGCCGGUGUUCAUACAAGCAUCAAAGAUGCGUUUAUAAAAACAGUUGGUAAUCAUUCACAUUUACAAUCACCUGAGGAAAUUGAAGUGCAACUUGCUCGACAACAAAUGUCACAAACAGCAGCUGCUAUUAUUCCAUCAUCAUAUGAAGCAAAUUCAGGUUUAAAUCGUGCACGUAGAAAAAUGACUCCUGUAUUGCCAAUGUCAUAUAUAUUUGAUAUACCAGCGCAAUACCAGGUUACACUUAAUGACGCACGGUUUUUAUUAUGUGAUAAACCGUUAAGUAAUAAAUGUUUAUUAUUAUUCGGUACAGAUGAACAAUUAACAUUUUUAUUUUCUGUCAAACACAUUAUGAUGGAUGGUACUUUUGGCACAUGUCCACCAUAUUUUGAUCAAGUGUAUAUUAUUCAUGCUGUUAAACAUGAAAAAGUAUGUUAUCCAUGUGUCAUUAGUUUAUUAUGUGAUCGUAAAGCUGCUACUUACAGAGAACUAUUUCGUGAAUUGAAACAUCAUGCUACUCGUUUAAAAACAAUAUUUAAUCCAAAUACAAUAACAAGUGAUUUCGAAAAGGCUUUAAUUAGAGCUGUUGCUCAUGAAUUUCCACAAGCACGACAUGCCGGCUGUUAUUUCCAUUAUACAAAGGUUAUCUAUCGCAAUAUACAAAAUUUUGGUUUAACAAAAGCUUAUUGUGAUAAUGAAAUUACAAGAACUGCAUGUCGAAAAUUAAUGGCACUACCAUUAUUACAAUUAAAUGAUGUUAAACUGGCAUUUGAAGAUUUAAAAGAUGAUUCACCUAUUAUAUUACGAGAUUUAUUUAAUUAUUUUGAAACAUUUUGGAUGACCAACUUACCACUUCAUCUUUGGAACGUAUCGGAUCUUCAAAUUCGAACAAAUAAUUAUUGUGAAGGGUGGCACAAUAGAUUCAAUAAUCGAGUGAAUAAAUAUCAUCCAAAUAUAUGGUAUUUUAUCAAUUGUUCAAAACAAGAUGAAGUAUAUUUUCGUCAUCGAGUAAUACAAAUGCGAGCUGGUGCAACUGGCAGACCAAAAACAAAAAGGACAAAUUGUGUACAACGUCGGAUUGAUACUCUUGCUGAUCGUUAUGCAAAUGAUGAGAUAAAUUUACAAGAAUAUUUAGAAGGUUUAUCGUUUGUUGUUGCUAAGGAUAAAACGAUAAAGCAAAAAAAAUAA